AUGGCAGACAAUUCAAAGCCAGCCGCGUACGAUGCAGCAGAAACCAUUGAACACGUUGACGCGACCCCUUCGCGCCAACAACACCACCACCACCACGAGGAACACGCCAGCAAAGACAAAGCAGCAGAUGUGCUCGAAGAUGCCGGCCACAGCGCCAUCCUGACGCCAGAGAACAACGCUCGAGUGCUCCGACUGAUCGACUGGAGAAUUCUUCCCAUCGUUCUGGGAAUCUACUUCCUACAAGCCCUAGACAAAGCGACGCUCGCCUACGGCUCUGUCUUUGGCUUGGUCACCACAGCGCAUCUUCACGGCCAACAGUACUCAUGGCUCGGCGCAGUCGUCUACCUCGCGCAACUUGUGUGUCAGCCCAUCGUGGCUUACACGCUUGUCAAGGUCCCACUGGGGAAGUUCCUGGGCGUGACGGUGUUUUGCUGGGGAGCUGUCUUGUCUGCGAUGGCUGCAGCGAAGAGUUUUCCUUCAUUGUUGGUUUGUAGAAUGUUGCUCGGGGCUUUCGAGGCUGGCGUUGCACCGGCUUUUAUUUCCCUUACCCAGAUGUGGUAUCGACGACGAGAGCAGCCAGUGAGACUUGGGGCAUGGUAUGCAAUGAACGGUAUUACCAAUAUGUUUGGAAGCCUGCUUUCAUGGGGACUGGGUCAUAUCAGCUCUGCAACGUUGGCUCCGUAUCAGAUUAUCUUCCUCUUUUUUGGGCUCCUCACCGUCGUAUUUUCGGCGGUUGUCCUGAUUUUCAUGCCUGACUCGCCGAUCGAUGCAAAGUUUCUCAAAGGCGAAGACAAGCUAGUUGCUGUUGAAAGACUACGUCUGAAUCAACAGGGUAUCAAGAAUGACGUUUGGAAAUGGGAUCACGUCAAAGAAGCCGUAUUCGACCCAAAAACCUGGUUAUGGUUCGCAAUGCUUUUCUCGAUAUCAGUCCCGAGUGGCGGUAUAUCAACCUUUGGCCCCCUCAUCAUCAAGGGCUUCGGAUAUGACCAAUUCACAACCAUUCUUUUCAACAUGCCUUUUGGUGCGGUACAACUUAUUGCCACGAUGGGCGGAGCAUAUGUUGCCAUGGUAUGGAAGCUGAAAAGCCCUGUGCUGAUGUUUCUGUCGAUUCCUCCCAUUAUUGGCUGCGUGAUGCUGCUGGUUCUUCCUCACGAUGCUAGCCACCGCGGCCCCUUGUUGGUGGGAUACUACCUAAUCUCGGUCUAUCCGGGUAUCACGCCUCUGAUUUACUCGUGGCAAGCGGCAAACACUGCGGGUGAGACGAAAAAGAAGAUCACCACCGCUAUUAUGAUAGUUGGGCAGUCUGCGGGGAAUGUCCUUGGCCCGAAUCUGUAUACCACCGAUGAAGCCCCUCUUUACCGCCGAGGUCUCAUUUCCAACCUGGUCCUUUUCAUAGUGCUAAUCAUUCUCUAUGCCAUCCAAAUCCUCAUCCUCAAAAUCCAGAACCACAAACACGAGAAGACGCGAGAGAGUCUCGGCAAGACAGCGAAAGUAGUCGACAAAUCCAUGUUGGCUGUCAAGACGCCAAGCGACGAGGAUUUGGAGGUCAAGACGACUGCGAAUGUGCUUGAUAGGUCUCUGCAGGAUAUAACGGACUGGCAGAACGAGGACUUUGUAUAUGUCUAUUAAACUCUUAACAUGUCGAAUAUAAUACAAGAGGCAUUCGGGAUACGGG